GACAGAUGUAAAUACUAACAUAACCUAAAUACUAAUUUCUGAGUUUUUAGUUGUUUGUUUAUAAUAAAUAAAAAUGGGGAAGAGGCAGCAUCAAAAAGAUAAGAUGUAUGUAACAUACACAGAAUGGACUACUUUGUACGGUGGCAAAAAGAGCGGUCAUUCGAGUAAAGAAGGAGAAAAUUUCCGAAGACUACCAUUUGAUCAUUGUUGCCUAUCCCUACAACCUUACGAGAUACCUUAUUGUGAUUUGGAUGGUAAUAUAUUCGAUUUAGAAGCUCUAAUACCGUUUCUAAAGAAAUUCAAAGUGAAUCCAGUAACUGGUAAACCUUUGGAUUUUAAAUCUUUGAUACAACUUAAUUUUCACAGAAAAAGUGAAAACACUUUUGAGUGUCCUGUUCUGUUUAAACCAUUCACCAAUAGUUCACACAUAGCCGCUAUAGCUACAACAGGAAAUGUUUUCCUAAUGGAGGCUAUUGAACAAUUAAACAUAAAAAACCGUAACUGGAAGGAUUUAUUAAAUGAUCAACCAUUCGAAAGAAAAGACAUUAUUAUCCUUCAGGAUCCUAGUAAUCUAGCCAAAUUCGAUAUUUCGAAAUUCCAUCACGUGAAACAAAAAUUACGGAUAGAAACAGAAGAGGAGAUUGCUGAUAAAUCUGAUCCUCAAGCCAAGUUGAAAAAAAUUAACCCAGAAACAAAGUAUACGUUAGAUGAGUUGAAUCGAGACUAUAAACCUUCUACAUUGGAAAUCAACAAGAAAACUACUUCAGAAAAAGCUGAUAAAUUUAAUGCUGCUCAUUAUUCUACAGGCGCUGUAGCUGCUAGCUUCACCUCUACAACUAUGGUACCCCAACUUGAAGGUGAAGCUGCACUUUUGCAUGAAGAUGAGGUUAGGUAUCAACGAGUAAAGAAAAAAGGUUACGUGAGGCUUGUAACUAAUCUGGGCAUGUUGAAUAUGGAAUUACAUUGUGAUAUGGUACCAAAAACAUGCGAAAAUUUCAUAAAACAUUGCGAAAAUGGAUAUUACAACGGCACGAAAUUUCAUAGAUCCAUAAGAAAUUUUAUGAUUCAAGGAGGUGAUCCAACAAAUACUGGUUCUGGAGGAAAAUCCAUUUGGAAUAAUAAAUUCGAGGACGAAAUUAGACCUAAUUUAUCUCAUACAGGUCGGGGUAUAUUAUCUAUGGCAAAUUCUGGUAAAAAUACCAACGGUUCUCAAUUUUUUAUUACGUAUCGUUCCUGUAAGCACCUCGAUCAGAAACACACGAUUUUUGGUCGCGUCGUAGGGGGCAUAGAAACACUCAACGAAAUGGAAAAAAUUGAAGUCGACAAUCAAGACAGGCCUAUAGAAGACAUUAUUUUAGUCAAAGCACAAGUUUUUGUUAACCCAUAUGAUGAAGCUGAUGAACAGUUGGCGAAUGAAAGGCGAGAAGAAUUGGAAAGGUUAAAGGAGGAAGAGGCGAAAACUAGGGCGAAAAUAAAUGCGCAGAAGGAAUUGAAAGUGUUUAGAAGCGGUGUCGGGAAGUAUAUCAACCCUAAUGCAAAUAAAGGGACAGACAACGUCAGUGCAGAAGUUGCCACAAAAAAGAAAAAAAAUAUCAAUACAUUUAAUUUUAAUAAUUGGUGAAAUUAUUUUAUGUGUUUUAAUAUAAAAUAUUUGUUAUUAUAUUAAAUAAUAUACUAAAUUAUCA